CUUCUAUUGCACCAAAACAUGAGUUCUACGGUUUCCUGAGACCAUGGUUGGGUGAUGGCCUCUUGCUCAGCCAUGGAGAGAAGUGGAUGAAACAUCGACGUCUACUGACACCGGCCUUUCACUUUGAUAUCCUAAAACACUAUGUGAAGAUCUUCAGCAAGAGCACAGACAUCAUGCAUGCGAAGUGGAGGAGGCUGGCAUCAGAAGGACCCGUGUCACUGGAUAUGUUUGAGCACAUAAGUCUUAUGACAUUGGAUUCACUACUGAAAUGUACCUUCAGCUAUGAUAGUGAUUGCCAAGAAAAGCCGAGUGAUUACAUUUCUGCUAUUUAUGAGCUGAGCUCUCUGGUGACAGAACGGGAACAAUGUCUUCUUCAUCACUUUGACUUCAUCUACCGCCUCUCCUCAAAUGGAAGGAAGUUCCGCCAGGCAUGCAAGAUUGUGCACAACUUUACAGAGGGUGUAGUGCAACAGAGGAAGAAGGCUCUACAAGAGAAAGGGGCAGAAGCCUGGAUCAAGUCCAAGCAAGGGAAGACCACAGACUUCAUUGAUAUACUCUUACUAUCAAAGGAUGAAGAUGGAAAUCAACUUUCUGAUGAAGAGAUGAGAGAUGAGGUGGACACCUUUAUGUUUGAAGGUCAUGAUACGACAGCCAGUGGGCUUUCUUGGAUUCUGUAUAAUUUGGCUCGCCAUCCAGAAUACCAAGAGAAAUGCAGAGAGGAGAUCAGAGAGUUACUGAGUGGGAAAGAAAACAAACACCUGGACUGGGAUGAGUUGUCUCAGCUGCCAUUCACAACAAUGUGCAUCAAGGAGAGCCUGAGACUGCAUCCUCCUGUGACAGCAGUGUUCAGACGCUGUACCGAGGACAUAAAAUUGCCUGAUGGCAAAGUCAUUCCCAAAG